AUGUCUGACAAAGCUCCUAUUCCCGAGAAGAAGGCCGUUAUCAAGUCGGUUGACAUGGCUGAUGACAUGCAGCGAAUAAUCAUCGACUUGACCAUGCAAGCAUUGGACAAAUACAGCAUCGAGAAGGACAUUGCUGCUUAUGUGAAGAAGGAGCUCGAUCAACGCUUCGGCGUCACUUGGCACUGCAUUGUAGGUCGAAGUUUCGGAUCCUACGUGACCCACGAGACCAAACACUUUAUCUACUUCUACGUGGGCCAGAUUGCCAUUCUUGUGUUCAAGACGUCGUAG